UUCCGUUGCUUGCCUGCUUCCGCAAAUACUAAAAGCACGGCUCGGCUAUGUAGAGAACACACACCGCUCCACAUAGAUGAGAACCGACCGACGCUGCGUCGAACAAACCAGAGAAUAUGGUCAGGAGCUCAACCGUCAGUGGCUUGAAUAACACACACCUAACCACCAGCUGAGGAUGUUAAGAUGCCCAUCCAAGGCCUACUCCCUACCCUGGUCUGUCUCACCAUCUGGACCCUGUGGAGCCUGCUAAUACCUGCCCUCAGCCACCCUCACCACAGCCUCUGCAGACUGACCCAAAAGAUUGCUCUCUGUAGUGAUAGUGAGAUCUCAUCUGUGCCGAGGGACCUACCGGACAACAUAGAGGAACUCCACCUGACCCAUAACCACAUUCAGAUGCUACAAGAUGACUCCAUCUCCCGCUACAUCUCCCUUCGCACUCUAAGCUGUGCAAAAAACCGCUUGGAGACAGUGGGGUCAAAACUCUUUCACAACUCACCUCAUCUAGAGAGCCUCAAUCUAGCUGCCAACCAACUUCACAUUGGAUACCAGGAAACUAGCAGGGCACUGCUCACCCUGUCUAGACUCAAAGUUCUGGAUCUGUCAGAAAACCAGCUUACAAACGACAUAGCUUCGGUCCUCCUCCAGAAUAUGACGUCCCUGGAGUACCUCAACCUUUCCAGGAACCUCCUGCUGAGGCUGGACGAAAGUUCCUUCAGCGACCUCCACCAGCUCAGAGAGCUGGACCUACAGAGGAACAUGCUGUUUGAGAUCGUUGAUGCCUUUGACCACCUGCACAAGCUCCAGAGACUAAACCUGGCCUUCAACCACCUGGCCUGCCUGAUGGACUUCGACAUGACCCAACUCGUGGUGCUCAACGCAAGUCACAACAACAUUGAGUGGUUCAUAGCCAACCAGGACCUCCAGGAAACUUUCCAGCUGGAGACCCUGGAUCUCACCAACAACAACCUCCUUUUCUUCCCCUUCCUUCCCAUCCAGAGCCGCCUGAGGAACCUCCACCUGUCCCAGAACAGAGUGAGCUUCUACGAACACCUGGCAGACACCGCUGGCUACCCAAACUGGACCAACAGUGUCCAGUUCUUCAACCUGAGGGGCAACGUGACCAAUGUCACAGCCCAGCUGUGGGACGAGAGCCUUCACGGUGACAUCUCCUCUCUAGACCUGCUGGAUCUGAGUGGAAAUCAGGUGGGCUACUUCCCCCAAGGGUUUAUCAGCAAAAUGCCUAGCCUGGUCAGGCUCAGGAUGCAGACAAACUGUCUCGAGGUUUUAAAUCUAACACUGGAAAAACUUCCAGGGACGUUGUACGAGUUGGAUGUGAGCAACAAUAGAUUGACGGAGCUCCAUGCUGACCAAGGUAGUUUAAGUGAGUUAGGAAAACUGAGCUAUCUCAACCUGAGCCAGAAUGACCUGCAGAGUCUACCUCCUAGACUGUUCUCCUCUCUCACCAGCAUCAGCUCUGUGGAUAUCAGCUUUAACAGAAUUGGCAUAUGCCCCCUUGAGGAAUGGGGCGGGAACAGAGGUGGGGGUAACCAAUCAGACUGUGUUGUUUGGAGAAACAUCAUCUCUCUGAGACAGCUCCACCUAUCAGGGUGCAACCUGGGGAGACUGCCAUCGUCAGCGUUCACAGGGACACCUCUAACACACCUGGAGCUGUCUAACAACCCAGAACUCAACAUUGGGCCCAGAUCGAUAGUAGGCCUCAGCAGAACUUUACACCAUCUAGGUUUGGGAAACACAGGCCUGAGAGACUUUGACUUCUCCCCUUUCCACCACUUAAAGUCUUUGAACAUUUCCAGAAACUCUCUAACUCAGCUCCCUGCUUCACUGCAACGCCUUGAGCUGAGGCUGCUGGACCUGAGGGACAACAAACUUAACACUGUCCCCUCAGAUCAGGCUAACACAUUAGCCUUGAAACUACGGACUGUUUUUCUUAAUGGAAACACUUUCAACUGCUGCCAGUUGGACUGGUACAGGACGUUUGAGAGGGCGAAAACGGUCAAUAUCAUCGACCUCUCAGACAUUUCAUGUCAGGAUCUGACAAAAAAUACACACAAAGUGGUGUUUUUAGACCCUUUAAUGUGUGGUGGGAGUGAGGAGGAGUCUGUAUACUGGUACAUCCUGUUGUUUAUCGUACCUGUCCUCUGCCUGGUUGGGAUUUCUGUCAUCUUCCUGCUCACCUUCAGGCCCAGACUGCUUCCCAAGGCCAUUAAAAAUAAAUGCCGGAGGCCCACGUCAUACUGACAUUUCAGUCACCUUCCCUGUGUUGUGGGCGAAAGGUCAAAUGAUUAAGACAAUGUGGUACAUUCUGUCCAAGUGUGAUGUUUUGCGAAUGGGUCGUUCCAUGUCAUUUCAGCAAGUCAUGACAUCCACCAUCUCAGAUUGUUCUGAAAUCGUUUCUGUAGUUAGAAACAGAUACGGGGUGGCAGAUAGCCUAGUGGUUUGAGCGUUGGACUAGUAACCGAAGGU